AUGAAGUUCGUGAUAUACGUUGCCUUCUUGUUCCUUCUUUUGACGGUCUGCAGAGGCUCGACUGAAAGUGAGACGUACGUCCGGCGGGAAUUGUGGAAGGCCUGGAAAUUGGCCUUCAAGAAGGAGUACUUCAGUAGUGAAGAAGAACUCCACCGAAAGCGUGCAUUCUUUAACAAUCUCGACUUCAUUAUCCGACAUAAUCAACGCUAUUAUCAACAGCUCGAGUCCUAUGCAGUGCGAUUAAAUGAUUUUAGUGACCUGACGCCGGGUGAAUUUGCCGAAAGAUACCUUUGCCUACGGGGAAUUGUUUUGACGAAGUUAAGACGGAAGGAAGCAGUAAGCCUGCCACUCAAAGAAAAUCUUCCCGACAGCGUAAACUGGCGCGAGAGAGGUGCCGUUACAUCGGUCAAAAAUCAGGUCAGUUAUUGACAUAAAUACAGUAAAUUGCGAUUAUAGGAGUUGACCUCAGUUUUUUGAAUUUAAUUUGCUAGUGUUUCUUGAUGCCAAGUUUCCCAACGAACCGGCCCUUUCUUAAGGUACUCUUUAGUAUGCACUAACCGGGCCGAUAAAAUUGCUCGAACCAAUUAAUAGGCUCGCUGUGCGUGCAUGAAAUAAUGUGAAAUUGGCCGAAUUAUAUUACAUCUUGUACUUGUGUGUAAAGCUUUCUGAUUAUUAACUGCUUGUAGUUAUGCGACCAGCUGUCUUGAUUUUAUCCUCGUAGGUUCAGAAAUGAAGUGGUAAUGCCAAUUUCUAACAUUGGAGUGGUGUCGACUGUGGUGUCGACUGUAGAUAUGUAUAAGUGAUAUACAUAUGUAUAGAUUAGCAAGCACUAACCUGCGACAGAUGGAGAUGGCGAUCGGUAAUCCGUCAUGAAUCGCGCUUAACACUUAAAAGUUUCAGCCUGCUAAGUGGAGCACCCGUGUCUUAAACUACGGACCACUUGUAAGCUAUAUUAUCCGACGCAAUUCUGAUUGCUGACAGAUGUGUAAUCACUGUCUAAAAUUUUACCAAAUACGAUAGUCCGACUUAAGGCCUUUCUAUUUCCAAUAGCCUGUUUUGACUCCAAUCAAUACAAGUAGGCCGGACCACUUUUAGGACUGUAUGAAUCCGACUUAAUUUCUGUGUUCUUCCCUCGUCCGCUCUCGAAAACGCAAUUUUUUCUCAAACUAUUUAAAUCCAAACUGCUAGGGUCAAUGUGGAUCCUGUUGGUCUUUUUCCGCAAACGGUGCAAUAGAAGGCGCAAUCCAGAUAAAGACCGGUGCAUUGCGCAGCCUGUCAGAACAGCAGUUGAUGGACUGCAGCUGGGACUACGGCAAUCAAGGCUGCAACGGGGGACUCAUGCCACAGGCCUUCCAGUAUGCCCAAAGGUAUGGCGUCGAAGCUGAAGUUGACUACAGAUAUACUGAAAGGGUAAGUCACACUCCUGGCAUUUCCAUCGCCCCCUCAAUUGUGAUGCUCCAACUGUAUUUUUUCGCAACUGAGGUCUUCUGAAGGAGACGAAAAUUAUAUUUCCUUACAAGGUGCAUUUAAAGUACCUCAGUCAGGGAACAAGUCUUCCGUCCUUCGGCCACCUAUUCCUACUUGAAAAGCAAGAAAUCAAUGCUUACAGCAGCAAUUCGAGAAUGCAUAACGGCAUCGGUAUGUGUGGGACAGGCGGAAACUUUCACUACUGAUACAACCCUAAAUACAAGUACAGUAUUUCCUAAGCAAAUGAAUUCCAAGCGUGCAUUUAAAUGUCCCAACUGUGUCUGAAAGUACCACGGCAGCAGAAAGUCCGUUCCAGAUUUCAACGACUAUGUACGAGAAAGUAUUCUGUCAGACUUCCGUAUGAGCCACCUUUACCCGCAGUUUAAGGAGGCAAAAAAGAGAAGGCUCGCUCUAGCCAGUUCAGUGAAGUCGUCGAACUGCUGCAUACACUCACGAACUCGAACAAUCCAAUGAGUCUGAAUGAGGUAAUCACGCAUUUAUCUGUAAUCUAGAGGAAAGAGAUGAAGUUCACUCAGACUGGUUUCGUGUGGCAGAGCGCCAAGAUUAUUCACUACCUUCGUAGUGUUGGUCUUAACCCGUCCCGGCAGUUGGUAAUCCAGUAGAGUUCUGGAAUAAGUAUUCCUACACUACAGGGUUAGAGUUAGGGCGAGGAGCGAUAGGGCUAAGAUCAUAAAUAAGAAGUGAGAACAGGUACAUCCUUGGAAUUCAAUACAGGGCCGUCUACAGAGGGAUGGAGACGUAUUCUUCUGUCAAACUGACAAUCCUUCUUGAUCCACGGGCGUCAGGCCUGUCUACAGCACAUGAGCUCGACCAUUUCCAUAUUUAUUUAUACGAACGUUCGUCUCAAUGCGAAUAACGCAUUUGACGCUGGUUUUUCUGUCUUUAAGCACCGCAACGAUGGUUUAAUCGAGAAGAUCAUAAAAACGCAAUGUUAUUUCAUUCCUCAGCAUUUGCAGGGGACUGCACAAGGGCGUAUUGGAAAGAACCAUCCUCGCCGUUUUUCUUCUGUUACGGUCUAUAAGGACCAUACAUUUGUCAACGUCAAACUUUUGGAGCCAACGGGCAGACCGCCUACUAAGUCGGUCCAGACUCUCGCGAAGUGUGUGUUUAUCUGCGUUGGACAUGAUGACAUCCCGAAGUUUUACAUCAGCAAACAUGACGGCAAUUCAUCCUAGGUUGUCGACGCAGUUGUUGACUUGAAAGAGUGACAGGCCACGGACUGCUGCCUGUGAGACCACCUAAAACGGAUGUAGGGCUUGACGCCAACACACAUGGUUUGCCACUUUCUUGUAUGGAAUUCUGUGAUCCAUAUUAAUAGCGGGCCUCUUAUUCCACUUUCAGAAAGUCGACGAAUUAUAGGUCCGCGUAGGACGUUGUCGAAAACCUUGAAAUCGGCCAAGAUUUUGUCAACACCACCCGCAUUCUCCAAUGCACGAGUCCAUUGUUCGCUGGAAAGCAACGGACAGGAAAACAGGAAUGGUUCUGUCUGAUAACGUGUUGAGCCUUUAAAAGUAAUUUCACCAACGAGGGUUCAAGCCACGUCAUCUGCAAGUUCUGCGGCACCUGCCGGUGUUUACGCAUGAUAGCCGGACCUACUUACGGAACGGGGCAGUGAAUCACUUAAGAAGAGUAAUAAUUAUGAAACUAUCGUUUUUCUUGUCGUCUAUAGGAUAAAUCACUCUUCCUCUCAUCGACGCCGAUUCUUAGUAUUACCUGGACCUCUUAUCGAUUUAGCUAAUGUGGCUGACUACUAACCAAAUACAAUCUACUGCCGAUCAUACUAUGUGAUCGAUGGCAAGGACAUCUUCUCUGUCCUGGGGGUUGAGUUUUGAAGGUGUAACUCCCGAAAUAUUUCAGAAGACAAAUUGACCAACAUAGGUGUGUAAAUUCGAUCUGAUGCCCCUUCGAGCGUAAUGCCUCAUCGCGUCAUAAUGCUGAAGUUAAAUUUGAACGGGUAAAUUGAGAAGAGUAAGUCCGGUCGGCUAAGUGUAGAGUUUAUGAUGAACUGAGCGUAGAGGGACAAAUAAUGACACUAAUCUGGCUGUGAAGAAAUUGUCAAGCCUCCCACGUGGCCUUUGCUGCAUUUCGGAAGCUGACUAAUUGGCUGUUUGUCAUUGCAACUGCGAAGUCUCUAAGACAAUUUUUGCGCGUGCAGAAUUAGCGUGUGUGACCUGAUGCCUUCCGCUGCCACCAUGAGGCCCAGUAUUGUACAUGAAAGGUGUCCCUAGUGAACAUGCAGCAGCCAAUACGUACCGAACGUUAAUGAACAGCAAUUUUUCUAUUUGCGAUAGCAACUCCAGGAGCCCUAGGGGAAGUUGCUCUGCAGGAUUCUGCGAAUGGUCAUUUAUUAUACUUUAAAAUGACAUGUCCUAAAGGGUUCAAUUCAGCGUUUGUGCAUACUUUUUACACGGAAAUACCGGAGAGGAUAUCACAUUUCCUAAUAUGUAACGUAAGUUGACGGUUAAUGUACAGCGCUUGCCGUACACUUUUCCUUAACAAAAUCGAAUCUCUCUCCAUGGCUGCUAUCACAAGUGGCCAUCGAAUGCUGCAUUAGAUGUAAAUUUGUAACGUGCGCCUUGCCAGCAGAUUAGUCGAAAAAGUCUGCAAACGAAUUGUGCAUUUCUGGGGGUCGAUGACUAUCCCUUGCUUCACGUAAAACAUCUCAACAUAGGUCUAAGAGGUUAAAUGCAAUUAAUACGUCUUAUCCUCUGUAGGCGGCACUGAACUAUUGAAUAAAUACGCAUUACUUACUCAAUAGCUUUUUCCCAGACAAGGUUUACCUCGUGGACUAAACAGGCUGAAUUAACGUGUCUACUUGAUUAAGAGGGAGAUAGAAAAUUCAAUAGAGGUUAUAAAAUUUUCUAUCUCCUCUGCAUUUUCAACCGUCCUUGCCGGUGAUUCAAAGGAAAAUUAUAAGCGUUCGAAAUAAUGUUUAGGGUAAAACCUUUGGUGAAAGGUAUGCCCAAACGUUUCUGUAAUUUCAGUGCAUUCUAGAUCAUGAUUCAGAAUACUUUAUGACUGACAUGUUUAAUUUGCACUCUGUAGGAUGGGGUUUGCAGAUAUCGUCAGGACCUGGUUGUUGCCAAUGUUACUGGAUAUGCGGAACUGCCAGAAGGCGAUGAGGGAGGUCUACAAAGGGCUGUUGCAACCAUAGGCCCAAUAUCUGUCGGAAUCGAUGCUGCCGAUCCUGGGUUUAUGUCUUACAGGUCAGAUUAUGGCAAGAUUGAUCACUGCUUCGAUUAACAUUGUUAUUUCUCAACUCUAAGUCCUACACUUUUGCCCGGACUUUGUGAUGACAACACUGAUUGUCUCGGUCGUUGUAUCUGAGUCUUAAUUCUUCAGGAUGAGUAUAUAUAAACUAGUCUAUCCACCUCUCGACCAGGCUAACAAACUCAGCAGCUGUCAGUCGGCUUGCAAAACAAUUACUGUCACUGUCUACUGAGUUGCUUGUAUGCUUCCCUGCGGAAACCUCGUUGUCAAACUCCCACCACCUCAUCAGACAUUUCACGUUCUUAACGCGCUGAAUUAUUCUGCCACAACACCUACGUGGAAAUAUUUUUUCUAUAGAUUAUCAUAUCUAGAAUCCAUUCACAUGUGGCAUCCCAGCCUUCAGGGUUGCUUAUUGUUUAGGGUCGUUGUUAGUCAGCACCAAGAAACCGCGGAUGAAAUAUAAGCAAUGGGUGUGCAAGUAGUUCAUAAUGGACACCGUAACGCCAGACUCUCUGUCUACCUUCAUCUUCUUUGUUGCAAUCUACCAUAAGCCAGCUUGAGACAUAAAUAAAACCGUCUGGCAGCCUUUUAAAUUCAGUGUGCAGAAAUAAAGAUCAUGAAUUUGUGCUCUAGGGAGAAAUGCUAAGCGAAUUUUUACGCUCUCAGGAUAAAGGUCGAAAUUGGUUUGUAUGGGAGGUUUCCCCAGGCAUGUUUACCAUAACCGGACACAAGUAGAUCAGAGCCUUCUUGAAUGAGCACAGAAAGUGUCGGUUAUUUCAAGAUUGCAGCUUUCAGGGAAAGAUCUAGUCAGAGUGUCAAAUAUAUGGAACUUAGGCUGUGCCAAGCCUGGCUUCGUGUACUAACAGCCAGCCUGUGGAUUAUUGAUCCUUUGGAGGUGGCGACAACGUUUUGCGAUUCAAACACAAGCAAAUGAUGGAAAUGGUCCCUAGAAUUAUUUAGUGAAGCAUGAAUGCAUUGUUACUUGAAGCAAUAUGCUAAUAUCAAUCCCCCUUAGGACGAUUUCCCAUGAUUAUACCGUUGACUGAAUGGGGACUGUGAGGAGAUUGAAAUUUAAAUGUACCGAAAUCAGGCGUAAACAAGUAUAAGUAUUUGUGCCUAAUUAAAAAGCAAUUUCAUCCUAAGAUCCAGAAAUUGUUUAAUUUCUUUCGAAGGCUCAAAGAAUCUGCCUAAGACCCAUGACAAUUACGAAUAUUUGAUGUUAGUUACAAUGCAUUUUAUGCGUGAGUGCAAACUGUGGUGUCGACUGUAAACUGAGUUAGUCAUCUACUAUGGGGUGUCUACAAAGUCAUAAUUUGUGAUAGAGAAAACAGUCUUACUGAAAGUAUAACUCAUGGUUAUCGUCUUAAUCCGGUAAGAAAAGUCAUUUGGUAAGCGGGCCUUGAAGCAUCAGGCAACCGAAAAUGGACCUUCAGCUAAGCAAACAUAAAGUGAUCUUCUAAUUAGUAGUCUUCUUCAUAUGUUGAUUUCGGAUUACUAAUCUUUUCAGCCACGGUGUUUUCGUCAGUAAAACAUGCUCUCCAUACGCCAUUGACCACGGCGUUCUGGUUGUUGGUUAUGGCGCGGAAAAUGGUGAGGCUUACUGGUUAGUGAAGAACAGCUGGGGAAGCUCCUGGGGUGAGGAUGGAUACGUCAAAAUGGCCCGCAACAGAAACAACAUGUGCGGGAUUGCCAGCAUGGCAAGCUAUCCAACCGUGUAA